CAUCCACACCCAGCGACUUCAACUAUCUCACCACCGCUUCGCUUCUUCCAUCCAACAUCAUCACAACAACUCCACCCAUCUCAUCAACCAUCACACACAAUGGCGCGUACCAAGCAGACUGCCCGCAAGUCCACUGGUGGCAAGGCCCCACGUAAGCAGCUUGCCUCCAAGCAAGCUCGCAAGUCCGCACCAUCUACCGGUGGUGUCAAGAAGCCUCACCGAUACAAGCCAGGUACCGUCGCUCUUCGUGAGAUCCGUCGCUACCAGAAGUCGACCGAGCUCCUCAUCCGCAAGCUGCCAUUCCAGCGUCUUGUCCGUGAGAUUGCUCAAGACUUCAAGUCCGAUCUCCGCUUCCAGAGCUCUGCCAUCGGCGCUCUCCAGGAGUCUGUCGAGGCAUACCUCGUCUCCCUCUUCGAAGACACCAACCUUUGCGCUAUCCACGCCAAGCGUGUCACCAUCCAGAGCAAGGACAUCCAGCUUGCCCGCCGUCUCCGCGGUGAGCGCUCUUAGAUGCUCUCUUACUAUCUACGACACGACUUCAUGAGUACCCACUUCGACCUCCCCAGACAGUGACUGGUGCGAUGGGCAGAUGUACUCGACAUUGAACUUUUUGCAACACGGCGUUUAUGGGACACUCAGAUGACUACGGGCUGAGAUGGAAGGUGUUUUGAACCAAAGAUAUCACGGGCAUCACGGCGGGCAAGAUGGCCACUGUAUCAUAAUGACAAUGAUGCAAACAAUUGCAAUUCACUCACACACUUAUCACUGCUUUUGUCCCAUGUUUAUACUAUUCUUCAUGCGUAUUGAUUCCC